UGCCCAGACUGAGCGUGCAGGGAGCCCCAAGCCGUGGCGCUGCUGGGCUCCUGCAGGUCCCAGGCAAAUGGCCCCUGUCCUCCUCUCCUUGGCAUUCCCAAAUGCAUGGGCACUCAGCCCAUGGCCAGUCACGUGGGGUGAGAGGGGAGUAGAGGAGCAGGGAGCUGUGUGUCCAAACCAGCUGCAGGUCUUGGACCCUACGACAAGGGCUCUCCCCACCUGCCAACCCUAGUGCCAGGGAGGCUGUGGAUAUGGCUGUAACCCAGGGUUCACCUGCCUGUGUCUUGGAUGAGCAGAGGAGGGGGUGGAUACGUGUGAAGGGGAUGCUUUGAACCCCAGUGAUAAUUGCCCCUGUUGGGUGCCAGGAUGGACAGGCUGCGGCAGGUGCUCAGGAGGAGGUCGGCCAAGGUGCUCUCCAUGGGAGAGGAGAGCAGCAGGGAGCCUGGGCAGGAGGAGCGGGGCCCCACCUGCCGUGAUGAGGAGGGGCCCAUCAGGGCAAGGAGCUGGCUGUGCCCCAUCUGCUGCCGAAGUAAACUGGCAGCUCCCAGCGGCAGGGGAAAGGAGGGAAAGAAAUCAGCCACCUCCAAGUCCAGAUGGAGGUGGCCAUGGGUGCGCCUGGGCAGGCGGGAGCCAGCGGCAUCACAGCUCCCGGCACCUGAAGAGCCGUGCAGCUCCCCUCCUGGGUCAUGGGGCAGCCUGGAGCCCGGCCCUGCAGCCCCGCAGCAGGAGGCAGCCCCGUGCCAAGCCGGGGACGAGGGCCCAGCUGCCCUGGGGCAGGAGCUGAGCCAGGCCCACAGCAGCCCCUGCCUGAGCCGCAGCUCCUCCUGGGAUGACUGGCACACGUCCCAGGAGUCCGGGAGCACCAGCCCCAGCACCAGCUCCUCCUCCUCCUCCUCCUCGGACUCUGAAAAGUCCCAAGAGGCCCAAAGCACCAGCACGAGCACGAGCAGCAGCUCCUCCUCGGAGGACAGCGAUAGCUCGGAGGAGUCCAACACCACCAGUUCGACCAGCAGCUCCUCCUUGGAGGACUCCAGUAGCUCCCUGGAGUCUGGGACCAGCCCGGCCCCCGGUGCCACCUGCACAGUGAUUCCCAGCCCAGCCGGCGAAGAGCUGGAGGAAGAGGAGGAUGAAGAGGAGGAGGAGGAGGAAGAUGGAAGGUCCCCGGAAGAAGCUGCCCUCCUCCUUGUGAAGAAACACCUGCAGGACCCCGGGGAGAUGCUGGACGGGAAGGACAGGCAGCGCUUCCUGCUGGCCAUCAUCAGCCUGACCAUCGCCGCGGACCAGAGCAGAGAGGUGGCUGUGGAGCUGGAGGACCUGAAAGCGGCCGUGCUGGAGAGGAUCAUGGUGAGUAGCACGGGAUGGUGUGGGGAGAGGGAAGGAGAGGAAAUGUUGUCUCGUGACACCAGGAAGGAGGGGAGAGGUGGAGCGGGAUAA